UUUUAGGUUAUGUGUGUACUAUUCCCACCACAUACUUCUAUGUGACUGUUCCACAGAAUUAAAACGUACAAAAAAAAUCUUCAAAUCUUAUCUGCGAAACUUACAUAGUUGAUAAGAAGAUACCCAUGAUGUAGGCAAUGUACUUGUUAAAGCGACAUAGAACAUUUUAGUCUAUUUUAACAGGUCUUGCGACACGUAAAUUUUUAUUUGAUUGUGUUAAAGCAAGGAUUUGUAGCAGAAUAUUUUUAGUUUCGUUCCCGUAGACGUAAAACUGGUUUUUGUUGGUUAUUGAACCUGGCUCCAAUUGGACCCGAAGAUGUUUUUAGACGAUGAGACAGUAGUUGAGUACGAGCUCGAAAGGCAAUCCUAUAAGGAUCUCCCACAAUACUUAUGCGUGUGUGGGAUUCACAAGGCAGUCCUAGAGGGGGAUUUUGGAAGUUUAAAGCGACGGAUUGAAUUGGGGGAGUGUGUAAAUGAAAGACUAUCCCGUUACAACUUUUCCGUCCUUCAUUUAGCAGUUAUAAAGAACAAUGUAGAGAUAUUAGAAUACUUACUGGCUAGAGAAGACGUUGAUGUGGACGCCAGGUGCUCCGAAGGUAGGACGCCCCUAUACCUAGCGACCGCGUUGGGCCGUAUCGAAUUUGUGCGGAAACUAAUCCGAGCCGGCGCCGAUGUAAACGUCUCAAGCUACGAAGACGAGCCUCUGUUACACAUGUCGGUGCAUUAUCCCGACAUCUGCCACCUCCUCAUACGAUACGGCGCCCCAAUCGACGCCGUCAACAGCUGGGGCUGCACGUUGUUGUACGAAGCGGUGUACUGCGAGUGCCUGGAGGUAAUGCACAUGCUGCUGUAUUACAACGCGGAUCCCAACAUCGCCGACGUGCACGACAUCACCCCCUUCAUGAUGGCGCUCAUGCACUGCAAGCUCGACGCCCAGGAGGCUCUGCUGGAGUACGUGGACGACUUCGACAGGGCCAGCUAUGAUUCCAUGUGGUUCGGUUCGACGUUGAGUUUCGCGUUGCGUGGCAACUCGCCGUUUAUCAGGGAUAUAAUGGAGCGAGGCGCCGACGUCAAUUACGGCGACGAUCCCGAAACCAGAGAGGAGAUUUGCGCGUUCUCCGCCUGCCUGCAGAACCCGGUGGAUUUGUCUACGUUCAAGAUGGUAUGGGAGAGGCUCGUUUACAACGACACCAAGAACACGAUCGAUUUGCUGGAUUUUUUGUACUACGACGAAGUGGUGCCGGCAUUUCUCCAGGUUAUAAUCGAGAGCGACAAUUUCGAACCUGCUUUGGAGUUCUUUUCCGAGAGCGGAAAUUAUUCGUUGUUUGUCGAUAAAUUUGCCGAGGAAGGAUUUGAACUUGAACAACUAACCGUUCUGACGUGUCGUUUGUUGCAAUACGGGUUUCGUGCGACUAGUCACGAUGUACACGCGAUUUUCUUUCACUACGGGUACUGCGAACUAUUUAGGAUGCUUUUGUAUAUGGAUAACGACUUUACGCGGGGUUGGCUACCCCAUAUGGCUUAUUCUAGGUUACUAUUCGAUAUCGACUAUGAUAUAGAGAGCGCCGUUGACGAAGUGGACGAUAUACCGGAGGAGAACGUGAUGCAGUUAUUGGAGUAUUCUAUUUGUUCUCGUUUAACCGAUGCUCUAAUUCUUCGGUAUGGCGACGACGAACGUAUGAGUAAAAUUUUGACCGGCUUGCCGAGAGUGCCUUCGUUGGUAGAAUUGGCCAGGAAUGUUGCCAGGAAACACAUUCGUCAAACUUUUAAAAUCACCAACGCCUGCCAGUUUUACACUAUACUGGACCGCUUCGAUAUACCGUCGUUCUGUAAGCGUGUUUUAAUGUUUGAGAGAAAGAUAUACAGAAUUGAACAAAAACUGUAAAAUUUAUGGAAAUAUAGGUCCUCGUUUGGCAAAUAGAGCAAUUUUUUUUAAUACUGACACGAUACAAUGAAAACUUUUUGGAGCUGCUGACUUCACAGAUACCUCUGUCUCUGUUCGCAUACUUGCCGACGUUUACCUAAAACUGAAUUAACUAACUUUUGCGUUCAGAACAUCCACCUCUUUUUAUGUAGUAUGCAACUCAGAUACGAUUCCAGAGGUUCCCAACAAGUUUCAACAGUUUUGAUUAUUAAAAAAUCCUUUCCAAGUUUAUAAACACC